UGUGCAAGAUGCUUUCUUCAACAUGAAGCGAGCAAAGGAUUAUGGCUGGAUGGCUAAAACAUGGACUAGAUCAAUUUAUUCAGAUGUUUGGUGUGAUGGCUUGACGAUUGAUACGUCUGAGAUAUCUUUCACCGACUCAAGUUUGCCGAAUUUGUUGCCUGGGAUGUUUGAUGAGGAAAACAAUUUGACUUGGAAGAAAUUGACUAGUGCUGGUCCUACAUUAAGCUUGCUUGAUGACAAUGUUAUUUACAUUAUGGCGAAGGAGAGCAUGUGCCAUCCGACAGCAUAUGUACUUACUGUGGACACCAAAAGUUUGAAGCUCGAGUCUGGUGCGCAGUGUGCUCCUCAAAAGACUGCGUGGUUCGAACCAACAUAUGAACCGUGUGUUCUUUUUAGCUCUUUUGGCACGACUUCAGAGUUGGUUAAAGAAUUUGAAACCAAAGGGACAAUAUUUGAAAUCAAGGAAGGGCCGGUGCUCUCGGUGGUGUCGAAGCGUCUCCGUGUGCUGCGGAAGAAGCAGAAUCGCAUCGCGCAGAUGGAGGAGUCCGUCGCUGCCGGCAAGAUGCUUAACCAGGAGCAGAAGGAGCUCAUGCACUCCAAGCCCGUCAUCGCCGCGCUCAUUGACGAGCUUGAGCGCCUCCGCGUACCACUCUCCACUGCUCUCACCAAGGAGCUCUCCACCGUCCCUGCACCUGCUGCCGGUUCCUCAUCCUUUGGCUCCGAUUUGUCCAUCCAGGACCUCCUCGCGCUCAUCUACUUCGGCUCCCUUUUUUAUGUCAAGUCACCGAACGAGUUCAUCACCACCAUGGUUGCGUGCAAGAACGAACGGAGCAGCUGCAUCACCCACGGCUACGUAUGGGAUGAUACCGUGGACCUGCUCGUGGAGAACGACCUUGACGCAGUGUCUGUUGUGGCGGCCCUUGCCGCGGCUCGCCCUUCUUCCGCAGAUGGUGUCUCCCACCAUGACGCACUCCAGGACUGUGCCCAUCAUGCCUGCCUAUGGCUAACCCGUGCUGAUGCGCCGAUCCACCCUGGCUCCUCUGUUACAUAUGCUGCGGUGAGGUCCAAGUUAGACAGGAUCAUGGCAUCAGACUACUACACAGCACCUGCAGUUGCUGGGAACCAUGGAGCUGAAGGUCUGCAGGCACAGAUGAGCAUGACCGACUCACCAGAGGCACCAUCACUCAAGGAGACCCUAGCUGCUGAAAAUCACAAGGAGGACGAGGAAGAUUCCUCACAUGCCACAGAAAUCGACAAUGAUCAUCAGUCUAAUGCAGCCGAUGUGCAAAAUGUGAACCAGCGAGGUGGUGAUCGUGGCUGGAGGGGGGCCUACCCUAAUGGCCGCAGCGGGCAUGGAGGCGGCCGUGGCAUGGGCAGCAAAUACGAGAAUGGGCGUGGAGGUGGUGGUGGUGGCGGCCGUGGCAUGGGCAGUGGAUACGAGAAUGGGCGUGGAGGUGGUGGUGGUGGCUGUGGCAUGGGCAGCGGAUACGAAAAUGGGUGUGGAGGUGGUGGUGGAUACCAGAAUGACUGGGGUUGUGGUGGCGGAUACCAGAAUGGUCGGGAUGGUGGUGGCAGCAGCGGGUACCAGAACAGCCGGGGUGGUGGUGGCGGUGGCGGGUACCAGAACAGCCGGGGUGGUGGUGGCAGCGGCGGGUACCAGAAUAGCCGGGGUGGUGGUGGUGGCGGCGGGUACUACAACAACGACGAUGGUUACUACCAGCCGAGGAACUUGAACAACAGGGGCAGGGGCGCAGGGAGGUGGCCACGCGGACACCGAGAGGAUUGA